GUGUCUAAGGAAGAAGUUAUCCAGCUAGCUGGUAGAUAGUCAGAGAGACUGCAGUAAUGCUAACUUGGCCACAGUAGUGACUGACUUAUCCAACAAGUAUUAAAGCUACAAGGGGAAGCUCUGGAGCAACUAGCAUCGCCGAGUGGCCAUUUAUCAGCGUUGGAAAACCAGUAAAACGCUGCGGAUAGUGAACCUUUAAUAACUGACACCGGCUGCUGCGAAAGCUCAGAGAGUAUCAUUAUAUUCAGUCAUGUCUGCGGCCGGAGACUUCGGAAACCCUUUAAGAAAAUUUAAACUGGUCUUUCUCGGGGAACAGAGUGUGGGAAAGACGUCAUUGAUCACCAGGUUCAUGUAUGACAGCUUCGACAACACGUACCAAGCCACAAUAGGAAUAGAUUUCCUGUCAAAAACCAUGUACCUUGAAGACAGAACAAUUAGGUUACAGUUGUGGGACACAGCGGGGCAGGAGCGAUUUCGCAGCCUGAUCCCAAGUUACAUCAGAGAUUCAGCCGCUGCUGUCGUUGUGUACGACAUUACAAAUGUCAACUCUUUCCAACAAACCACAAAGUGGAUUGAUGAUGUCAGAACAGAGAGAGGAAGUGAUGUCAUUAUCAUGUUGGUGGGAAACAAGACAGACCUUGCAGACAAAAGACAGAUAACCACAGAAGAAGGAGAGCAGAGAGCGAAAGAGAUGAAUGUUCUGUUUAUUGAAACAAGUGCAAAGACAGGCUACAAUGUCAAACAGCUUUUCCGCCGCGUGGCAGCCGCCCUCCCUGGCAUGGAUACCACACAGGACAAGAACAGAGAGGACAUGAUCGACAUAAAGUUGGAGAAACCGCCCGAGCAACCGGUCAGCGAAGGAGGCUGUUCCUGCUAGAGUUGUCAACCGUGCUGCAGGCGUUUUCCUGGAAGCCGGUCUUUCUGUAAAUCUUCCCUUCACUACACCCGGCUCCAGUCCGACUGAGAACACUACACACCCGUUACCUUCGGCCGUCGUGACUCCACCCGAGCUUUCAUCUUGAAGCUCUGAAAGCCACAUAUCACUAAAACUGAACGUCACACUGUAUCUGACAUAUGUACUGAAACCACAGACACACGUGGAGCUCACCUUUACAUAGAGCUCCUGUUUUCAUUUCAGAAGAAUAUGUUGUUGCAGAUGUUAUCGGUCAUAUUGGCGUAUUUCAUUACAUUUUUUUUUUCCAAACCAAACCGAAAGCGAAUGUCUGCUGUAAGUUAUCUGUCCAGGUUUGUGUUUUAAGAGGGAGAAUAUUCAUUUUAACAGAAGAACACUGCUUUAAGCCUAGUAAACUGUGUGAAUGUUGUGUGCAUUUGUCACUUAACAUAAUUUAUGCCGUGGAGAAAGAUUUGGAAGACUAUCUGAUUUUUUUUUUUUUUUUUUUAAAUUAGUGGUGAACAAACUUCUUUUAUUAAUUGAGUACAGUGUGGGAAUUUAAGUGGGAGCAUGUUGAGUUUAAUUACUAUCACACAAUCUCUACAACUGUGAUGCAGCUAAAGUCGGAGGCAGAGACCUUUACUCUAAAAAUUAUGUUGCCUGAGCUGUCACAGAAUAUUCUGUCACCUUUUUAUAAGCACAUAUUAUGAAAACGCAUCAGAUUCGCACUACAUGAUUUUUAAUAAACAUACCACAA